AUGCUCCAUCGUACGCCAUCUGGCGCUAAAAAGCGCAUUCGUCAACGUCAAGAACAAAAAUGGUUGAAAUCAAUAUCAUCAACGAAUAGUUUUGAUCACUCGUUAUCAUCUACUGAUAAUAAUAGUGGUGAUUAUCGUUCAUUGGUGAAUGCUGGUGAUUAUAAGUCGAUUCUACCUGAUGAAUUACCGUUUAAUUCAAACCAGCUGCAAGUAACAAAUCUCUAUUCACCGGCAUUAUCGCCGAGACAGUCAUCACAGUUUACUUCAGCUGCUACUGCUGUUAGUACUACUACUAGUAAUGUUUCAUCUGUGUUAUCUCCAGUCACCGCGUUUUUGCCAUCUGCAUCGUCAUCAUCAUCGUGUAUCGGUGGAAAACCAACGGUAGAAGUGCAUCCAAUGCCAUCGCAACAACAACAGAAUAUUAACACAAAAUCAGCUAUGUGCUUCUCAUCAAAAUAUGAUAUAUUAAGUGAAAAAAUACGUGAAAAACCCAUCGUGCCGAAGAAACCUGCCAAGUUAAUUUUGAAUUCAUCGAUAUUUGAUUCAUCUAAGACAUCGCCAUUAUCACUGAGUACAUCGAUGUUAAAUCUUCCAACAUUUUCUUCUCAGGCAUCAUCAGUAUCAUCUAAUUGUAAUUCGAGCAUUAGCAGAUUAUUCACAACUCCUUCCUUAAUAUGCCUUCAUACAGCACUAAUGCAACCUAGUUUGACUGAAGAAGAAAUAGAACGUUUAGAAACUAAGCGUCAGCAGUUAAUUGAAUCAAUUUCGCGAAAAAUUUCCAUAUUAGAUGGUGAAAAAGAUUCAAUAGACAAUGAAAUCGAAGCAAAUGAAACUUUGCGACGAUGUAUUGUGAAUGAUUUAUUGAAUAAUUGUGAAAAUCAAGUUCUAGUCGAAAAAAUUGAGAAAAACCUUGCUCAGAAUUCACAGUUGAUUCGGUUGGAAACACGUUUGCGUAUGCAGUUGGAACGCCUCGAAUCUUUGCCAUCGGAUAGUGUAGAAAAGGAUUUAAAUAUAGCUAGAAUUGAGAAAAUAAAGCAACAAAUUGAUGAUAAGGAACUUCUACUAAAAGCGUUUAAUCGACGAGAUUCGGAUGUUGAUCGGUGUAUUUGUUCUUUAUUAUGUGUUGAACGACGUCUUCAAUGGAGAUUUUAUAAAGAAACAUGGAAAAAGUUAAUGGUUGAACGACAUGAAAUUGAUGAACGCUUAUCAUUUGGAAGAGAACAACUUAAUGCUUUAUUAAAAGCGCAAACUAAUCUCUAG